GGAGGUCGGAGGUCGGAGAGGAGAAACUCAGCGCAGUGUUAGUGAGCCAUGGCCGCCACGCUGCUCGCCCGGGCCUGUGGCCCUCUCCGCGGAGCUCUCUGUCCUCGGGACUGGCGGCGGUUACACACUGUCUACCAGUCUGUGGAACUGCCCGAGACACACCAGAUGUUGCGUCAGACGUGCCGGGACUUUGCUGAGAAGGAGCUGUUUCCCAUUGCGGCCCAGGUGGACAAGGAACACCUCUUCCCAGUGGCUCAGGUAAAGAAGAUGGGUGAGCUUGGGCUUCUGGCCAUGGAUGUGCCCGAGGAGCUCAGUGGUGCCGGCCUCGAUUACCUGGCCUAUGCCAUUGCCAUGGAGGAGAUCAGCCGCGGCUGUGCCUCUACUGGAGUCAUCAUGAGUGUCAACAAUUCUCUCUACCUGGGGCCUAUCCUGAAGUUUGGCUCCAAGGAGCAGAAGCAGCAGUGGGUCACUCCUUUCACCAGUGGCGACAGAAUUGGCUGCUUUGCCCUCAGUGAGCCAGGCAAUGGCAGCGACGCGGGAGCCGCUUCCACCACUGCCCGGGCAGAGGGUGACUCGUGGGUCCUGAAUGGCACCAAAGCCUGGAUCACCAACUCCUGGGAGGCCUCAGCCGCCGUGGUCUUUGCCAGCACAGACAGAUCCCUGCAGAACAAGGGCAUCAGUGCCUUCCUGGUUCCCAUGCCAACGCCUGGGCUCACGCUGGGGAAGAAGGAAGACAAGCUGGGAAUCCGGGCCUCAUCCACAGCCAACCUCAUCUUUGAGGACUGUCGCAUUCCCAAGGACAACCUGCUGGGGGAGCCGGGGAUGGGCUUCAAGAUAGCCAUGCAAACCCUGGACAUGGGCCGCAUUGGCAUCGCCGCCCAGGCUCUGGGCAUCGCCCAGGCUGCCCUCGAUUGUGCUGUGAACUACGCUGAUACUCGUAUGGCCUUUGGGGCACCCCUCACCAAGCUCCAGGGCAUCCAGUUCAAGUUGGCAGACAUGGCCCUGGCCCUGGAGAGCGCUCGGCUGCUGACCUGGCGUGCUGCCAUGUUGAAGGAUAACAAGAAGCCGUUCACCAAGGAGGCAGCCAUGGCCAAGCUGGCUGCAUCAGAGGCUGCAACCGCCAUCAGCCACCAGGCCAUCCAGAUCCUGGGCGGCAUGGGCUAUGUGUCAGAGAUGCCGGCUGAGCGGCACUACCGUGAUGCCCGCAUCACUGAGAUCUACGAAGGCACCAGUGAGAUCCAGAGGCUGGUGAUCGCUGGACAACUGCUCAAGAGCUACCGGAGCUGAGCCCUUUUACAGGGCCCACCUGCGCUCCACCCGGGAGCUGGGCAGCCUUAGGACCGUGGAAAGGAGGCGGGAGCCACGUGGCCUUAACCUUGACUCCUGGUCAGAGACUGUGGCAGCUGGGAAGGGGCCAUGCUCCUCAUGACAGGCCCACCCUGACCCCAGCCCUCUGGACUGGCUAGAGGGCUCUCCUGCCCUCCACACCUCUGCCUGCCCCAGAUCAAACUGCCAGGGAAUAAAUCUUGGGGAGAGAGGAGUGGCGAAAAGUGGUGGCCUGUGUCUGAGGACAAACCUGUCUUCAGCUAGGUUUCUUGGCUCUGUUACCUCUUCUCUAUGAGUGUGCCUCAUUUUCAUCAUCUGAGUGGUCAUGGCAUCCUGGAGGUGGGACUGGGGAGCGCUAAGUGACCCUGUGGCAUUCCCCAGUUCCCAUGAGCCCUGGUGCUCGGCCUGAAGACCCAGGUGGGACAGGCUCUUGGCAGUGUCUGUUCUCUUCCCUGAGGUCAGGGGUCAGAGAGAGAGUGGGGUGGGGGGUAGGACGACCAGGCCUCAAAGCAGCAGCAGUUGUGUUCUCUUGGGACUGGGGGUGCCAGGCUUAGAAAGGCUGUUACUGGGUUGUGGCAUCCGUGGCAGCCCAGGGCCCCGUACAUCUCUGUAAAGUAUGAGGGUACAUAAAAAAAUUCAUGGGAAGGUUCAUUUUAUCUUUUAAUUAUAUUUUUCUGUGAUUGUUUUGAAGGACCUUCACAGAAAUGAGUGCAGAGGGGUGGUCUGAUUUGGGCUUUGUAAGGUCAGCUGUGGGAUCUGUCUGUAGGUAAUAAAGCAUACCUGUCUCCUGA